AAACGCAUCUCAAUCCCACUUGGUCUGAUUCCGAAGUAUCUAUUGACGGCUAUCAUUGUGUAAGAAGAGAUCGAAUCACCUCCAAAGGUGGUGGUCUCAUUGUCUAUAUUCCCUAUGCUCUCAAUUUUAACAUUCGUUCUGAUAUUCAAGUUUCGGAUGAAUAUUACGAAAUAGAAUACUUGUGGAUUGAAUUCCUUUUCCAAAAUUCCAAAUCCAUUUUGGUUAAUUUUCUUUAUCAGCCGGAUACUAGUAACAAGUGGAGAGCUCAAUUUGAAAACUUGCUGAAAAUAGCUGACAAUGAGGAUAAAGAAAUCCUAAUACUUG